AUGUUUUUGAGGCCAGAGAGUUUAGGUCUACUUUUCUUGAUACUCAAUAUCUCAUGGUCGGUAGAUCGUGCUAAUUUUAAAACAUGUGACCAGAGCUCGUUCUGUACUCGACAACGACAAAUAAAACCUGGGGAACUUGCGCACAGGUUAGAACCAAGUUCUGUCAAGAUAAACCCACAUGGAAUAACUGCAGUUAUUUACACUGAAGAUCAAAACCAUUAUCUGUCGCUGGAUGUUACCUAUAAUCAACACUCCAUCUUCCGUGUACUCAUUGAUGAAUUGACAGAUGAGUAUAAAAGGUAUCGCGUAACUGCAGGAGACGUUUUGCCAGGCGUUGAAAAGGCCCCUAUCAGGUGUAAAUUUGCUGAGAAUAGUUUAGUGUUGGAUGGACAGUCUGGAUACAAGGCAGUCGUGUAUUAUAACCCUUUUCAUAUCGAUUUUUUCCUGAAUGACAUUGUUGUAGCAUCAGCAAAUAAGAGAAGUCUUUUAAAUUUUGAACAUCAGAGGAAAAAACCGAUUAUCGAUAAAAAUAAGGUAUCUCAAAAUGACAACCAUACAUUACCAAGUGAAAAUCAUGAGGUUGAUAUCUCUACUGUAAAUAGUUCCGAAGAUUCUUCAGGAAAUACAGAUGUACCAAAAGAAUCUACUACCGAUGAAGACAAAGAAGAUGAAAAACAAGAUCAUAUAGAUACAGAGCACACAGUUCCGGAAGAUCAGUCAUGGUCAGAAUAUUUCAAGGAACAUCUUGAUACAAGACCUCACGGCUUAAACUCUAUCUCGAUGGAUUUCGACUUUCAGGGAUUCAGUCACAUCUAUGGGAUCCCAGAACAUGCUGAUGGAUUCGUUUUGAAAACUACAAGUGAUGGUGACCCCUACAGACUUUAUAAUCUUGAUGUAUUCGAAUAUGAGGUCCAUAAUAAAAUGGCCUUAUAUGGCUCUGUCCCUGUUAUGUGGGGACACAAUCAAAAUAAUACUGUGGGUGUCUUGUGGCUGAAUCCGUCGGAGACAUGGAUCGACAUUGAUCACUCGAACUCACAAAAUAGCGGAAUAUUUUCAGGUUUCUUUUCGAAGAAACCAGAGAAAUCUUCAGUACAAACGAGAUGGAUAUCUGAGUCCGGCUUAGUAGAUUUAUAUGUGUUUAUGGGUAGUACUCCAUCUGAAGCAAUGCGUUCUUAUGCUAGUGUGGUAGGUACUACCAAGUUACCACCCCUGUUUGCGAUUGGUUAUCAUCAGUGUAGAUGGAACUAUAAUGAUGAAGCUGAUUUACUUUCUGUGGACAAACAUUUUGAUGAAUAUGAAAUGCCUGUUGAUAUUUUGUGGUUAGACAUUGAACACACUGAUGGAAAACGUUAUUUUACUUGGGAUAGAACUAAAUUUCCAAAUCCAAAAGAAAUGGUUGAUAAACUGAAUGUUAAAGGUCGAAAGCUCGUUACUGUUGUUGAUCCUCACAUUAAGCGUGACUCGAAUUGGCCUUUAUUCAGGUUCUGUACUCGACAACGACAAAUAAAACCUGGGGAACUUGCGCACAGGUUAGAACCAAGUUCUGUCAAGAUAAACCCACAUGGAAUAACUGCAGUUAUUUACACUGAAGAUCAAAACCAUUAUCUGUCGCUGGAUGUUACCUAUAAUCAACACUCCAUCUUCCGUGUACUCAUUGAUGAAUUGACAGAUGAGUAUAAAAGGUAUCGCGUGCCUGCAGGAGACGUUUUGCCAGGCGUUGAAAAGGCCCCUAUCAGGUGUAAAUUUGCUGAGAAUAGUUUAGUGUUGGAUGGACAGUCUGGAUACAAGGCAGUCGUGUAUUAUAACCCUUUUCAUAUCGAUUUUUUCCUGAAUGACAUUGUUGUAGCAUCAGCAAAUAAGAGAAGUCUUUUAAAUUUUGAACAUCAGAGGAAAAAACCGAUUAUCGAUAAAAAUAAGGUAUCUCAAAAUGACAACCAUACAUUACCAAGUGAAAAUCAUGAGGUUGAUAUCUCUACUGUAAAUAGUUCCGAAGAUUCUUCAGGAAAUACAGAUGUACCAAAAGAAUCUACUACCGAUGAAGACAAAGAAGAUGAAAAACAAGAUCAUAUAGAUACAGAGCACACAGUUCCGGAAGAUCAGUCAUGGUCAGAAUAUUUCAAGGAACAUCUUGAUACAAGACCUCACGGCUUAAACUCUAUCUCGAUGGAUUUCGACUUUCAGGGAUUCAGUCACGUCUAUGGGAUCCCAGAACAUGCUGAUGGAUUCGUUUUGAAAACUACAAGUGAUGGUGACCCCUACAGACUUUAUAAUCUUGAUGUAUUCGAAUAUGAGGUCCAUAAUAAAAUGGCCUUAUAUGGCUCUGUCCCUGUUAUGUGGGGACACAAUCAAAAUAAUACUGUGGGUGUCUUGUGGCUGAAUCCGUCGGAGACAUGGAUCGACAUUGAUCACUCGAACUCACAAAAUAGCGGAAUAUUUUCAGGUUUCUUUUCGAAGAAACCAGAGAAAUCUUCAGUACAAACGAGAUGGAUAUCUGAGUCCGGCUUAGUAGAUUUAUAUGUGUUUAUGGGUAGUACUCCAUCUGAAGCAAUGCGUUCUUAUGCUAGUGUGGUAGGUACUACCAAGUUACCACCCCUGUUUGCGAUUGGUUAUCAUCAGUGUAGAUGGAACUAUAAUGAUGAAGCUGAUUUACUUUCUGUGGACAAACAUUUUGAUGAAUAUGAAAUGCCUGUUGAUGUUUUGUGGUUAGACAUUGAACACACUGAUGGAAAACGUUAUUUUACUUGGGAUAGAACUAAAUUUCCAAAUCCAAAAGAAAUGGUUGAUAAACUGAAUGUUAAAGGUCGAAAGCUCGUUACUGUUGUUGAUCCUCACAUUAAGCGUGACUCGAAUUGGCCUUUAUUCAGGUUCUGUACUCGACAACGACAAAUAAAACCUGGGGAACUUGCGCACAGGUUAGAACCAAGUUCUGUCAAGAUAAACCCACAUGGAAUAACUGCAGUUAUUUACACUGAAGAUCAAAACCAUUAUCUGUCGCUGGAUGUUACCUAUAAUCAACACUCCAUCUUCCGUGUACUCAUUGAUGAAUUGACAGAUGAGUAUAAAAGGUAUCGCGUGCCUGCAGGAGACGUUUUGCCAGGCGUUGAAAAGGCCCCUAUCAGGUGUAAAUUUGCUGAGAAUAGUUUAGUGUUGGAUGGACAGUCUGGAUACAAGGCAGUCGUGUAUUAUAACCCUUUUCAUAUCGAUUUUUUCCUGAAUGACAUUGUUGUAGCAUCAGCAAAUAAGAGAAGUCUUUUAAAUUUUGAACAUCAGAGGAAAAAACCGAUUAUCGAUAAAAAUAAGGUAUCUCAAAAUGACAACCAUACAUUACCAAGUGAAAAUCAUGAGGUUGAUAUCUCUACUGUAAAUAGUUCCGAAGAUUCUUCAGGAAAUACAGAUGUACCAAAAGAAUCUACUACCGAUGAAGACAAAGAAGAUGAAAAACAAGAUCAUAUAGAUACAGAGCACACAGUUCCGGAAGAUCAGUCAUGGUCAGAAUAUUUCAAGGAACAUCUUGAUACAAGACCUCACGGCUUAAACUCUAUCUCGAUGGAUUUCGACUUUCAGGGAUUCAGUCACGUCUAUGGGAUCCCAGAACAUGCUGAUGGAUUCGUUUUGAAAACUACAAGUGAUGGUGACCCCUACAGACUUUAUAAUCUUGAUGUAUUCGAAUAUGAGGUCCAUAAUAAAAUGGCCUUAUAUGGCUCUGUCCCUGUUAUGUGGGGACACAAUCAAAACAAUACUGUGGGUGUCUUGUGGCUGAAUCCGUCGGAGACAUGGAUCGACAUUGAUCACUCGAACUCACAAAAUAGCGGAAUAUUUUCAGGUUUCUUUUCGAAGAAACCAGAGAAAUCUUCAGUACAAACGAGAUGGAUAUCUGAGUCCGGCUUAGUAGAUUUAUAUGUGUUUAUGGGUAGUACUCCAUCUGAAGCAAUGCGUUCUUAUGCUAGUGUGGUAGGUACUACCAAGUUACCACCCCUGUUUGCGAUUGGUUAUCAUCAGUGUAGAUGGAACUAUAAUGAUGAAGCUGAUUUACUUUCUGUGGACAAACAUUUUGAUGAAUAUGAAAUGCCUGUUGAUGUUUUGUGGUUAGACAUUGAACACACUGAUGGAAAACGUUAUUUUACUUGGGAUAGAACUAAAUUUCCAAAUCCAAAAGAAAUGGUUGAUAAACUGAAUGUUAAAGGUCGAAAGCUCGUUACUGUUGUUGAUCCUCACAUUAAGCGUGACUCGAAUUGGCCUUUAUUCAGUAAUUCCCAAAAUAAUGGGAUUUUCGUCAAAACUAGAGAUGGGACCGAAUUCGAUGGUUGGUGUUGGCCUGGAUCUAGUGCGUGGCCUGAUUUCACUGAUAAAUCUGUUCAGCAGUGGUGGUCAAAUCUAUUCCUUACUUAUGAACCUGUCUGCAAAGAUUCCAUGUUUACCUGGAAUGAUAUGGGUGAACCAUCAGUUUUUAAUGGUCCUGAAGUCACUAUGCAUAAAGAUGCUAAGCAUGCAGGUAAUUGGGAGCAUCGUGAUGUACAUAACUUAUAUGGGUUAUACGUACAUAAGUCAACUUGGGAUGGACUCAUGUUGAGGUCGAACGGCAUAGAACGUCCUUUUGUGUUGACCCGUGCGUUUUUUGUUGGUUCACAACAGACAGCAGCUGUUUGGACUGGAGACAAUACUGCUGAUUGGUCACACUUAAAGAUUUCAACUUCUAUGCUUCUCAGCAUAUCAGUCGUGGGGAUAACCCUAUGUGGAGCUGACGUGGGAGGUUUUUUCGGCAAUCCAGAUUCUGAGUUAUUGACAAGAUGGUAUCAGGCGGCUGCUUAUCAACCAUUCUUCAGAGCUCAUGCGCACAUAGAUAGCAAACGCCGUGAACCUUGGCUAGUGGCUUCGGAAUAUAUUGAUCCCAUUCGAAAGGCAAUACAAGCUCGCUAUCAAUUACUUCCAUACUGGUAUACAUUGUUUGCUCGUUCGGAAGCAGACGGUCAACCAGUUAUGGCACCAAUGUGGUUUCAUUUUCCUAAAGAUGUGAAUACGUAUGGUUUGGAUGAUCAAUAUAUGAUUGGAGAAGCUGUGCUUGUGAGUCCUGUCACUGAUCAAGGUGCUGGCUAUGUGCAGUUAUAUUUUCCAAAGGGAACAUGGUAUCAUUAUCCAUCGCUUGAGGUAAAUGAUCAUUUGUAUGGGGUUUUAAAUAGUUUUGCUUCACAGCUAAUGUGUAAUAUGAAAAUAACGGUAAAUCCUACAUAAAAAUCUAGACCUUUUAUUUAUAACUCUAUGAAAAGAAGAGAUAGAGUUAUGGUAAAAUGUUAAAGGAACAGUUUGUCUUUAAUUAUACCGAACGACUUUAUUUAUUGAGUUCAACAGACAAGUACGUGAAUGUCUUCUUUUCUAUAAUACUGUUAUAGUUAUCAAGAGCUGC